CCAUCGUACCAAUCUGGCAAGCCAAUCUCAAGGGUCCAGCCCUGGAGACAACCUUGGAAGGCACUAAAACGCGACUUCAGGGGUCCGAACACCGAUCUCUCGGCCCUGUCGACAUCGUCACCACAUCGCGGGCGCUUGUACGUUUCCGAUAUGCGGACCUGCAAGUUGCCUACUGACCGCUGCUGACAAUUCCACCGAGAAUAAUGCUUUGAGUUAUUCGACGGACUCCGCUCGUCCCCAUCUUCGUUUCUUGAUAGCCGUUAAGUAUUGGGUGCUUUUUUCUCUUCGCUUUUUUUUUUGGACGGGAGGCAUGGUUCCGAUAUUGUACUGGAGAACAGCGACGCGACAAUGGCUACCUCAGCCCUGAACCUGAAAACUAGUGCUUCACAGCCGGCUGCCACCGCGCUGAUAGCUACGUCUGAUGAGCCGAAGAAGUCUCCUAAGCACUACCGCGGCUUUGUCGCUGGGGUGUUCAGCGGGAUUGCGAAGUUAUCUGUGGGCCACCCAUUUGACACGGUGAAAGUUAGGCUUCAAACGACCGAGAAGAGUCAUUUCCGCGGCCCAGUAGAUUGUCUCAUGCAGACACUCCGCAAAGAAGGGUUCGCGGGGUUGUACAAGGGCGCUACACCACCGCUUGUAGGAUGGAUGUUUAUGGACUCGAUUAUGCUAGGCUCCCUAAGCGUCUACCGCCGCGUCCUCAACGACCGAGUCUUCAACCCCCCCUCACACCUCCAAUUCGGCGAACAGCAGCGUAAACUACCCGUAUACGGCCACGCAUUAGCAGGCACAAUGGCAGGAUGGACAGUAUCCUUCAUUGCCGCGCCGGUGGAGCACAUCAAGGCACGUCUGCAAGUACAAUACGCCGCGGAUAAGAAGUCGCGUCUAUAUUCGGGACCGAUCGACUGUCUGAAGAAGAUAUACACCGGUCAUGGAAUGAGGGGUGUGUACCAUGGUCUCAGCGCUACACUGCUCUUCCGCACAUUCUUCUGCUUCUGGUGGGGAACCUACGACCUUUUUACGCGGCAGCUGCAACAGCGGACUUCGCUUUCUGCUCCUGCUGUCAAUUUUUGGGCCGGAGGUUUGUCGGCGCAGAUUUUCUGGUUGACGAGCUAUCCGAGCGAUGUCAUCAAGCAGCGUAUUAUGACGGAUCCGCUGGCACAAAGAAGAUUUCCGAGGUGGAGAGAUGCUGCGAAAGCGGUGUACAGGGAGCAAGGUUGGAAAGGGUACUGGCGGGGUUUCGUGCCGUGCUUCUUGAGAGCGUUCCCAGCGAAUGCCAUGGCAUUGGUUGCGUUUGAAGGUGUCAUGAGGAGUUUGCCGGAAUAAAGCGACGUUUCCAUUCCCUUGUUGUUUUGGAAUUAGCGACUCAUAGCAUUGUGAUACCACUGAUAGAUGAUAGAUGUAUUAUCUAGUCAAAUACAAUAUAGCAAGAAGACGUU